AUGCCAUCACCAAAGACUACCGCACCUAUGAAAGCCCAAGCAUCGAUCAACCUACCACAUGAUGAAACGGACACAACCAGCGAAGCACAGCUUCCUACCGAAGCCGAGAAUACGCUCGUACUGUUCAGCGAGCUUCCAUAUGAUCUCACGCACGAAGGAUCGCAAGCGACGACCUCUCACAAAGUCUCGAAAGCAGCAACCUCUUUCACAUGUUUUGGCAGGCUCGCCGUAGAGCUACGUCUAGCCAUCUGGAAAAACACACUCGAACCCAGAAACGUUGAACCUUGGACAAAAUAUUGCUAUACGGGAUAUUACAGUACAAGGACACCAUUACCCAGCAUCUUGCUGGUGUGCAGGGAGUCUCGCUCAUUUGCUCUACCUUUUUAUCCACUAUGCUUUGGCUCGGCGUGGGCUGAACCGAGAAUUCGAUUUAACAUGGCUCUCGAUACUCUCUACGUUGGAGAUAGCUUGGACAUUCCUGGCUUCUUCUCUACUCUGUCUCCAGAAGGUUUAAGCAAAAUUCGCUCUUUUGCUAUAGACUCGACCACCCUGAGGAUAUUUGGUCCAUCUCGGUACUCAGAGAACAGCGGGGUACUGCGCUUGCUCAAAGCAAUGUCUAAUUUGGAGGAACUGAUCAUUGUGUACGAUAUGGAGAUUAACGUUUGCUUCAGAGGAAAGAGGUGUGAGGCUGUGCCGGAUCUUAUCUUUCGUAACGACGUACCAGAUGGUGGUUAUAGGCAGUUGAAGAGAACCAUGCAAGCACUUUACGAGGUGGAAAAUUGGGAUUGGGCGGACUUAAAAAGUUAUAAAGUACGACGGGUUUAUGGGUCAAAAGAAUGUCGUUGUAAAAAUAUGGACUCGUACCGUGGGCUAAAUGCAGAAGAAACAGAGACAUUGCCAGAUGGGGAAUCAGAUGGAUUAGAAAGUUCAGCCGGUGAGGAUAGAGAAGAUGUAGAAGAAUUGGCCAGUAUCGAUACGGACGUUGCAGAAGAGGUGGAAAGCUUGGCCAGUAGCGACACAGACGCUAUACCAGAUGUGGAAACCUUCCCCGUCAGCGAUCCCGACGAUACAGAAGACGUGGAAAGCUUGGCCAGUAACGACAUAGAUGAUACGCGAAGUUGGGUAACAGCUCGUGAGGAUUCCCGUUUGUUGUCCGACUUUCCCGAGGAUACGAAGAACACGGAAACUUCGACCAGCGGUGAUACGGAGAACGGAGGUAAAUCAACAGACCGGUGUACCGAGUUGGAAAGUCUCAGACAGCUUUGUCUGGCGAUGUGUGAAGAGUAUAGGAAGAGAUGA